UUUGUUUUCUCCUUUAUUUAUUGAUAUUAUAUAAAAGCCCUUUCUUGUCGACCCAAGUUUGAGGUAUUUUAGGGUUUUCAUUCAUGGCGAUCGACAUGAAUCGUGUCACCUACCGGCACAGCCAGAGGAUGAGGAUGUGCCGUUUGAUAUGGAUUCCCAGGCACCAAAGAAGCAUUAGAUAGGAGAUCGAUAACACCGCCGGAACAAUGAAUACCUCCGAUGAAGAUGAUGAUGAUACCAGUCCGAUAAUUCUGACGUAUAGUAACUACGAUUCGGAAGAAGAUUAUUGCUCAGAGCACCCCAACGCGAAAAUGGAUAAACCUCUCUGGGAGAGAUACUGGAAACAGAUAGAGGAGAGUGAAGGAUUUGAUAUCACAGAUUGUCCUGGAGGGUGUUGGAUGUUGACUAUCUACCCCAUGUCAAACUACUUGAGCUCUACUAAGAAUGUUGACAAGUUGAAAGGUUAUGCUGGAAAGGCACUUGAGCUUUACAACAGUAGUAAUGUAUACCACUUCCUAUACCUCGCCAAUUUGUUGUUUUUCUUUUCCUAAUGUUAAGGCUUCUAUGGGGGUAAAGGUUGCUAUUAGAA